GUUCGCUACCUGUUCGUAGUUGCAGGUGAUUAUUUGCAGUAGGUGAAGAUGUCGGCAUCUCCCACGCCCGGAGGCGAGUUACCGAGCGGUUUCGGUGUGUGUACCUCCAUGCCGGACGUCUUGUUUCUUCCAGAGCUUAUUUUUGGUGGCCUUGUCUGGAUCCUGGUGGCCUCCACAAAGGUGUUUUAUGCCAACCCUCAAGGAUGGGUCAUGUUUGUGUCAGUCUUCUGCUUUGUCUUCACGUUCAUUUGGCUCUUCCUCUUCCUCCUGGGUGCAAACCAGAGCUCAUUUUGGCCCGGAUUGGAUGUGCUGUACCACGGGACGGCGGCUUUGUUCUACCUUAGUGCAUCUGUGGCUCAAGCAUAUGCCACAAUUCUGAUUAAUCCGGCGACCAACUCCACCACCAACCCCUACACGGGGCCGGGCUUCAAGGAGUACCAAGAGGACAUCGCCGCAGUGGUCUUCUCCUACAUCGCCACCCUCCUGUAUGUGAUUCACGUCGUGUUCUCCGCCAUCCGAUGGAAAAAGGCUUAAGCAUCAAGAACUCUAAAACGGCACUUGUGUAAAUUUCUCUUCCUUCGACCCCACCCGGUUCUGGAAUGUUCUACUGACAUAUUUAAGAUGUGUGAGGGUUUUGACCCCCCAGAUUUGAGUUCUGUGUAACUGUGUGCAGAUUUCCUAUUGAGAUUUUUCUAUCUUCAUGUUUUAAUAGUUUAGACUUUUAAUAAAGGUAGCUUUUGUACUACAA